AUGGCAGAAACUCAUCUUCAUGGGACACUCCACGCCACCAUUCAUGAGGUGGAUAAGCUAAAUGCUGGUGAAGAUAGCAGUAUUUUCGGCAUGCUUAAGCAAAAAAUCGAGGACACGGUUGGUGUAGGGAAGGGAUCAUCCCAAAUGUACGCAACCAUUGAUCUGGAGAAAGCAAGAGUGGGAAGAACCAGGGUUUUGGAAAACACAGAUUCCAGUCUCAGAUGGCAAGAAUCUUUCCACAUAUACUGUGCCCACGUCGCAUCCAACGUCAUCUUCACCGUCAAAGGCGUCAACAAGAUCGGCGCCACCUUAAUCGGACGAGCCUACGUCCCCGUCGACAACAUCAUCGGCGGUGACACCUACGAUGAAUGGCUCGAUAUCUUAAACGAAGAAAAAGAACCCAUCGGCUCCAAAAUCCACGUCAAGCUCCAAUACUUCGACGUCACAAAAGACAGAAACUGGAAUCGAGGCAUUCGGAGCCCUAAAUACCCAGGAGUACCCUACACUUUCUUCUCACAAAGACAAGGUUGUAAGGUUACCUUGUACCAUGACGCUCAUGUCCCUGAAGAUUUCAUUCCCAGAAUCCCCCUCUCAGAAGACAAGUAUUAUGAACCUCAUCGAUGUUGGGAAGAUGUUUUCGACGCAAUUAGAAAUGCAAAGCACUUUAUAUACAUCACUGGUUGGUCUGUUUACACUGAGAUUAAACUAGUGAGAGAUGCUAAGAGGCCAAAAGAUGGAGGUCACAUGACACUAGGACAGCUUCUGAAAGAUAAAGCAAAUGAAGGGGUUAAGGUUUUGAUGCUUGUUUGGGACGAUAGAACUUCUGUUAGUCUGUUAAAAAAGGACGGGUUAAUGGCAACACAUGAUGAAGAAACUGAGAAAUUCUUUCAAGAUACUCCAGUUCACUGUGUUUUAUGCCCUCGUGAUCCCGACGAAGGUGCCGGGAGUAUAAUACAGGACGUACAGAUUUCCACCAUGUUCACUCAUCACCAGAAGAUCGUGGUGGUGGACGGUGAGCUUCCGGGACGAGGGUCGUCCAGCAAGAGAAGAAUAGCGAGUUUCGUCGGUGGGCUUGAUUUAUGCGACGGAAGAUACGACACUGCGUUUCAUUCACUUUUCAGAACGUUGGACACUGCUCAUCACGAUGACUUUCAUCAACCUAACUUCGCCGGCGCCGACAUCAACAAAGGUGGACCCCGGGAGCCGUGGCACGAUAUACAUUCGCGUCUGGAAGGACCCGUUGCUUGGGAUGUUUUGUUUAAUUUUGAACAGAGAUGGAAGAAGCAAGGAGGGAAGGAUGUGCUCGUCUCCCAUGGAGAGCUCGAGGAGAUAGUUAUUCCGCCAUCUCCGGUGAUGUUCCCGGAGGAUCACGAGACGUGGAAUGUUCAGUUGUUCCGAUCCAUCGACGGCGGCGCUGCCUUUGGCUUCCCAGAUAGCCCAGAAGAAGCAGCCGACGCCGGGCUCGUGAGUGGGAAAAAAAACAUCGUAGACAGAAGCAUUCAAGAUGCAUAUAUCCAUGCAAUAAGACGAGCGAGGAAGUUCAUAUACAUAGAGAAUCAGUAUUUUCUGGGAAGCUCAUAUGCGUGGAGCGCUGAAGAUGGCGACAUAAAGCCGGAAGAAAUUAACGCACUUCACGUCAUACCCAAAGAACUAUCACUGAAAAUCGUAAGCAAGAUCGAAGCAGGAGAGAGAUUCACGGUGUACGUGGUGAUUCCGAUGUGGCCGGAGGGCAUACCAGACAGCGGCUCCGUGCAGGCAAUAUUAGAUUGGCAGAGAAGAACGAUGGACACAAUGUAUAAAGACAUUGUCGAAGCUUUGGAGGCAAAGGGAAUAAGGGAAGAUCCUCGCAAGUACUUAACAUUCUUCUGUCUGGGAAACAGAGAAGUGAAACGAGACGGCGAGUAUGAACCACCGGAACAACCAGAACCUGAUACCCCUUAUGAAAAAGCCCAGAAAGCUCGUCGCUUCAUGAUUUAUGUUCACACCAAGAUGAUGAUAGUGGAUGAUGAGUACAUAAUCGUGGGAUCUGCGAACAUAAACCAGAGGUCAAUGGAUGGAUCAAGGGACACAGAGAUAGCGAUGGGGGCAUAUCAGCCGUAUCAUUUGGCGACGAGCAGGGGGCCGGCGAGGGGACAGAUCCAUGGAUUCCGAAUGGCGUUGUGGUAUGAGCAUCUUGGGGUGAUGGAGGAGUGUUUCAAUCACCCAGAAAGUGAAGAAUGUGUGGAGAAGGUGAACCAGAUGGCUGAUAAGUACUGGGAAUUGUACUCAGAUGAAUCAUUUGAAGAAGAUCUUCCAGGGCAUUUGCUGCGAUAUCCUGUGAAGAUUUCUAGGGAAGGGCGAGUUCAAGAACUGCAAGGCUUUGAGUUCUUCCCUGAUACACAGGCUCGUAUUCUUGGUGCCAAGUCAGACUACAUGCCACCAAUCCUCACUACUUAA